CCCACUCGUUCGUCAUCAUUCGUGACACCGCAGCAGUAAAAUUUCGCUCCGACAUUCGUGAAAUUUCCCGUGAAAACAACGCAUCAUGUUCAUCAAACCAUUCAAAGUGAAAAGCAACAUUCUGGUCACGGGAUCGGAACGAAAACGCCUAAAGCAACGGGCCCAGGCUCAGUUCGGAGCGUCCGAAUCGUGCUCGCUGGCGGAACUGUUUGGCAACAAGUGCAAGGUCUGUGUAGUCAAAAUCGUGACCUACAGCGAAACCCCCGUAACCGUGUAUACCAGCGAUAAGCGACCAGUGUUCUUCGAGCUGGACACCAAGCUCAUCCCAACGGUUUACACCCUGUGGACGUGCCCCGAUGUAGUGCCACACUUUACCACUCAGCCGGGAGUGCUUCCCAAGCUGGCAAAUGGUGCUGAUCUAAUGAUUCCUGGUAUUGUCCGCUCGGGGAACGAUAUGAAGUCGUGGGGAAACCACCGAAGGGACGAUAUCGUGGCGGUGAAUUUGACAUCCAACAAGGCUGCGGUGGGGGUGGGGCUACUGGCCCACUCGAGCGAUGAUUUGUACAUGUGCGGUGGUCGGGGGGUUGCCGUCCGAAUGAUGCACGUUUUCGGUGACAAGCUGUGGGGAAUGGAACCAUCGGUUUGCCAGCAGGUUCCCCUGAUGGACGCGAUGCAAUCCGUUCCGAAGGCUGACGAUUUUCCUCCUCUGGGGGCGGAACCCGUGGUGCCGGUGGUAGAUAAGAAACAAAUGGCCGAAGUGACAGAGAAGCUUGCCAACGUGGGCCUAAAUGCCGAUGCGGGAGAAGAGGAUGGCGAACCGGAUGUAGAAUCGGAAGAGGAAACCCAGCCUGAUCCAGACAAGCUUAUCAAGUCGGCCUUUCUCAAUGCCAUCAAGCUGCAGGGCAAGAAAGUUGCACUACCAAUCCUGACGAGCACGUUCUACCCGCAGUACGUUCAACCGGAACUGCCCGAUGGAAUCGAAAUGAAGCGUAGUUCGUACAAAAAGGUCGGCACCUUCUUGAAGGAAAUGGCCAACGAUGGGAUAAUCCAAAUUAAGGAAGAGAAGAAGGGUAUCGAGAAGAUUGUUGCAAUCAAUCUGGAACAUCCCGAUGUGUUGUCAUUCUUUCCUUACAAAAUGAAGAAACCGGAAGAUCCGGAAGCCAACACGGUUGAACAGACCGCUUCUACUCCACUACUGCUGACAAAAAUGGUUGAAAUGUACGCCGUGAACGAAGCGACUGAAAAGUUUUUCGGUAGCGUUGGAGUUGCUUUGGGAAAAGCGUUGGAUGAAACUCAGGCUCGGAAUUACGUCAAAGACUACGUAGGCAGGAACAAGCUGAUAGAUCUGCAAAGUAAACUAGUCACCCCGGACGAUACGUUGGCGCAAAUUUGUGGUGGAUCGGAAACGAUGCGUUACACCUUACCGCAACUGUACGAAAUAGUUUUACGGAACAUGACCAGCACCUUUGAGAUGCGCAGCCAAAAGGGACCGGUUACGAAGGGCGGCAAACGAGCAAUAAUCCAUCUGACGACCGCGACUCGAUCAGGCAACAAGAAGGUCACCCUCAUCAGCAAUCUGGAAGACUACGGAGUGAAUGUGACGGAAUUUGCCAAGGCCGUUAAACUGGGAGCGGCUGCCAGUACCAGCAUGACGGAGGUGCCCGGAACGAAGGGCGAACAGCUGCAGGUCCAAGGUAACCACAUCAAAUUCGUGUUCGACCUGCUCACCGGAACCUACCAAAUUCCGAAAGCAUGCAUCACGGGGUUGGAGUUUGCCAAGGAGCAGAAAAAGAAGAAGAAAAAGUAAGGUAAGUGCGGGACUUGUUUGAUCUAAAAUAUAUUUAUUGCGAU